AUGAUAUGUAAAUGAAACUUAUCUGAGCUCUCUCGUCAAUCAAAGCUAUGCAAACUUAGCUACAAAUUCCGUCAAACAACUUCUAUUAUCACCUAUCUAUUACCAGUAUUUUAUAUAGUGGUUAGUCUUAAAUAUUACUCUAAGACAAAGAAGAUGACCUCGAAAUUACAGCCAUCGUUUCUUGGCUUCGAUUUCAGCACUCAGCAGAUUAAAUGUAUUUGCACCGAUGAUCAGCUCAGAUAUUUGGCGUCGUAUCAUGUGACCUUUGAUUCAGAUUGUUCCGAGCAUGGCACAGAAGGAGGAGUUAAAGUGAGUGUGGAUGAGAGAUCCGGGAGGAGUAGAGUGAGUUCCCCUGUGAUGAUGUGGCUACAGGCACUGGACUUGCUGUUUAGCCGGAUCCAGGAAAAAGUGGAUUUCUCUCAAGUCCAGGGACUGUCUGGAUGUGGUCAGAUGCACGGAACAGUUUACUGGAAUCGAUCUAGUAACGAGACAUUGAAGCACCUGGAGCCAGAAAAACCACUGGCGCCUCAGCUGGAAAACUGUUUCGUCCUCAAAAACAGUCCCGUUUGGGUAGAUUCAAGCACUACACUUGAGUGUGGUGAAAUGGAGUUAGCUGUGGGAGGAGAGGAUUGUAUGGCCCAAUUGACUGGAUCCAAGGCCUACGAGAGGUUCUGUGGUCCUCAGAUCAAAUACAUGCAUAAAUACUACCCUGAGGUGUACGAAGACACCCAAAGAAUCAGCAUAGUGUCUAGUUUUGCAUGCAGUCUCUUUCUGGGUCAGAUUGGGCCAAUUGAUUACGGAGACGGAUCCGGCACAAAUCUAAUGCACAUAAGGAAUUUUUGCUGGGAUGAGACUCUGUUGGAUGCAUGUGCUCCUGGACUGAGGGGGAAACUGGGUCCCCUAGUAGCUCCAUAUGAAAGAGUUGGAAGCAUAUCGACAUAUUGGAGCAAAAGAUUCGGUUUUCCGCCAAAUUGCGCAGUAGCUGCUUUCACUGGCGACAACUGCGCGUCUGUCGAGGGUCUCAGAGCUCAAAACGGGGACAUUGCGGUCAGUUGCGGGACGAGCGACAACUUAAUCCUCCUAGGAAAGGAUUUAAAACCUAAUAUAUACGGACACCUUUUCGUCUCUUCUAUUGAAUCCGCGCCUUAUUUCAUCAAUUUGUGCUACAAAAACGGAUCUCUAGCUAGAGAAGAACUUUCUAGAAUGUUCUGUGACGCAGAUUGGAACAAGUUUGAAGCGACUUUGAGUUCAACACCUGUUGGAAACGACGGUUACGUUGGCUUGUUUUAUUUCAAACCGGAACACAUACCUCAAAACGGACUCGGCGUGUAUUUGUUUGAUCCGAACAAUCAGAAAAUUGAAAAUUCAAGUCCGGAACGCAAAGUUCGGGCAUUAGUUGAAGGUCAAUUUUUAAUGAAGAGAGUCCAUUUAGAACGCUUGGGAGGGUUUUCAAAUGUGAAUCGGAAGCCAAGAAUUCUGAUAACUGGAGGUGCCUCAAGAAACAAAUCUAUCUGCGAGAUCAUCGCUAAUGUCUACGGCGGAGAUGUUUACUAUUCAGACAGCCAAGAUGCAGCUGCAUUGGGCAAUGCAUAUCGAGCAAAGUUUUGUCUAAAUUCAGAGAACCAAUACGUCUCAAUGUUUGACUCCGAACCGAGCAACCAACUUCGCCUCGUGGCUAAAUGUGACCAAAAGGCAACUGAAAUCUAUAACUCAAUGGUUGUUAGAUUUGCUGAUAUUGAGAAACAAUUAUUUGGAGAAAAAAUUUAACAGAUCUAUUUUA